GUUUGGGGCGGGGCCUCCAAACUGGGAAGACAGUCUCAGUAAACUUGCAAGGUGGGGCAAAGGGAAUAAGGCCAAAGCGGCGAGCGACUUCGGAGGGAGCUCAGGUGGCCGUAAAGCCAUGCAUUCUGCCUCUGCCUGGGAUGAUGGAUCACAGAGACACAGACUUAUAUGAAGACUACCAGUCCCCGUUCGAUUUCAAUGCAGGAGUGAACAAAAACUACCUCUACCUGUCCCCUAGUGGGAAUUCGUCUCCACCCGGAUCACCUACUGAGAAACUUGGUUUGCUGAGGACAGACCCAGUACCUGAGGAAGGAGAAGAUGCUGCAGCCACGCUCAGCAUCACCGAGACGCUCUCGGAAGAGGAGCAAGAUGAGCUGAGAAGAGAGCUGGCAAAGGUGGAAGAAGAAAUCCAAACUCUGUCUCAAGUGUUAGCAGCAAAAGAGAAGCAUCUAGCAGAGAUCAAGCGGAAACUUGGGAUUGGUUCACUACAGGAGCUAAAGCAGAACAUUGCCAAAGGGUGGCAGGAUGUGACAGCCACGUCCGCAUACAGGAAGACCUCUGAAACCUUAUCUCAGGCCGGACAGAAGGCUUCAGCGGCCUUUUCAUCUGUUGGCUCUGUUAUCACCAAAAAGCUGGAAGAUGUAAAUACUUCUGAUCGUAUUCGAUUGCAGGCCUUUUCGCAUUCCUUUAGUAUACGCUCCAUUCAACAUUCAAUUAGCAUGCCUGCUAUGAGAAAUUCCCCAACUUUCAAGUCAUUUGAAGAAAAGGUCGAAAACUUAAAGUCUAAAGUAGGGGGAACCAAGCCUGCUGGUGGUGAUUUUGGAGAAGUCUUGAAUUCAACUGCAAAUGCUAGUGCCACCGCCACGGAGCCACCUCCAGAACAGACACAGGAGAGCCUGUGAGAUUGCUACCUUUGUUCCACUACCCACUGCCAGAUGCUGCAAGCAAGAUCCAAGCACAUCUUAUCAACAUUUGUUGCUAUGGAUUUCUACCAGAUGUGCUUUUAUUUAGCUUUACAUAUUUCUUUGACCAAAUAGUUGUGAGUUAAACAAAAUGAAAAUAUCUUCACUUCUACUCGCAGGAAACACGCUGAAUGUGCAUUCAAGGCCCUUUAUUUAGGGAAAUACUAUUAUACAGACAACAGGUAGUACCUGGAGACACUUGCUAGAAUGAUCUGAGAACCUGCAGGUGAUCACAGUUGCUUUUCUACUUUACAAAAUUGCUCUGCAUCUGAGAUGCUACUUGGAUUUUUGUCUUCUAGAUGAUUUUUUUUCCUUCUUUGACUGUAUAUUUGAUUCCUAACUCAAAUUAUUCUUUUAAAUUUUCUUAGUCCUGGUUAUUAAAAGUUUCUGUGCCAUUUUAUUUACAUUUAAGGGAAGAACUUAACAGCUACAAAAAAUUUGUCUUUGAAUAAACACUGUUUUCGUAUAAGGUACAUAUCUUGGGUGUGUGAAGAUGUCAGAUUAAACAGCUUUAAAUCCAAUUUGUUACAGUUGUGUGACAGUAUAUACAGUAAUUCCAACUACUGGGUGACUUGGGAGUGGGAUCUCCCCAUAUCCUUAUUAACUGCUAUUUGUAACUAUAACCAUUUCAGCAUAUUUGUUUUUUUGCCACUUAUAUCGACUUUUGAUAAUAUUAAAAUUUUAAUUUCAGAGUAAAUGGACAGUUGACCAAAUAACAGAGUCUAGCAUAUCAGGUUGAAAUAUAAGUGUGCUCAUCCAUGUUCAGUUAAACACCUGAAGUUUUAACAUGGUAAAAUCAGUCACAUUAGGGGAAGCAUUGCUGUCUCCAUUUAAUCCAUUUAGCACCUUUUAAAAUAAGCACACAGUUAUGACUGAUAUAACUUGAACAUUUUUAUACUAAGGUGUUGAUUCUAACUCCUGAGGGUGUAAUUUAUUAAUAAAAAUGAAUUCCUCAUUUAGCUCAGUGGUUCUGCUGCCUGCCUCACAAGUGCAAGGUCCUGACCCCUCCCCCUCAAAAAAAUCCCUCAUUCUCUGCUUGUUUGCAAUGUUAGAAAUGAUACUGUAGACAUUGCUCUUACUUUGAAAACUGGGUGUCCAGGCUAAUGAAUCAAAUCCUCUGCAUAGAGGCCAAAGGUACUCUAGUAACUUAAUAACUACUGACUUACACCACCAUUUCCUUAUGCUGUAUGUUUAGGCCUACAAUGUUAUCUGUUAUUUAUCAAAUUGCGAUUGUUUUCUUGUUUAUGCCAAAUGUUAACUGCCAAGCUUGGAGUGACCUAAAGCAAUUUUUAAAAGCAUGACUAGAUUUACUUGAAGAUAAAUUCUUCUGUAAACCAAAUUUGAAAAGCUACAAUGUUGAUUGUUACAAAAUGACGUGUUGCCAUUCUUGAUUGCUAGAGCUUUUGUUAGCACUUCGGAUGCGAAUGAAACUGCUCUAUUACAUGUGCAAAGCUUAAAUAAAUUCUGCAUAUCAGUAGUAUAGGUCUCAAUAUUUAUUAUGAGGUCAGUGGUCUGAAAUGGCUUGUUGUAUUAAAGAGUAAUUCUAGUGUCUAUACUUUGAAAACUGUAUUUCACUGUCAAUUUUAAAUCACUGCUUAAUGCUAUCAGACUAACAUUUUAAAUAAUUUCCUUCUAGGGGCUUAAGGCAAAGAUUGUUGAAGUUUUGUCUGAGAAGAGCAGAUCUGUAGAAGUUUGUUCCUUUGUAGAAAUAUUGUGGUUAUUUAACAUAGCUGUUAAAUUAUUUUUUCUAUCAAGGUUUUUUUUUUUUUCUGUGUUCCUAUAUCUUCUCUUCAUCAUAUUGUUUGUUGGGUGUCCUGCCCUGUUCCUAUUUUUCCGCCAUGGCAAUUUCUUUAGGUAAGAGAUGUAUCUUCAAAUCUCUUUUCCCACCAUGAGGAAAAAUGAGUGUGGGAAGUGUGGAUGCAUCUAUAUAGGUGAGUAUUGGGCACGGCUAUAAAA